UUUUUUUUGGUUUUUCGAGACAGGGUUUCUCUGUGUAGCUUUGCACCUUUCCUGGAACUCACUUGGUAGUCCAGGCUGGCCUCGAACUCACAGAGAUCCGCCUGGCUCUGCCUCCCGAGUGCUGGGAUUAAAGGCGUGCGCCACCACCGCCCGGCAAUUUCUUGUUUUUUGAGACAGGGUCUCUACAUAGCCUUGGCUGUCCAGGAACUCACUAUGUAGACCAGGCUAGACUUGAACUCACAGAGAUCCACCUGCCUCUGCCUCCUAAGUGCUGGGAUUAAAGAUGAGUAACCACCACACCCGGCUCCCCAAUUUUUAAAACCUAAGUAAGUAAAUAAAAUGAUAGUCAUUUAAGAUGAGAUUUGAAAAAAGUCUAGGGUUGAUAGAUUUACUCCAAGAAUAUUUUGAUAAAUGACAUUGGAUUUACUUCAAGUUUCCUCCACAGGGACUGAUGUAGCCCAGAUUGGCCUUGAACUUUGUCACCUAGAACAACCUUGUUGAACUCCUGCUCUUACCCUCUCAGGCUCCGCUCCAAGCACUGGAUUUCAGGCAUGCACCAUGGCACUCAGCCUUCAGAGUCUUUCUGAGCUAGUGUCACAGACCUGUCUUGAGGGUCACUGAGCCCCGAGGCUGUAUUAUUUGAGCCUUGACAGAAUCAUUUGAGAUUGACUCUGUACUAACAAUAAAAAGUAAAAAAUGUGGGCUGGAGUAAUAGCUCAACCGUUAAAAGCCCUGGCUGCAGCUGGAAGGUGGUGGUUCACAUUUUAGUCCCAGGACUCGGAGGCAGAGGCAGGCAGAUCUCUGAGUUCGAGACCAGCCUGGUCUACAGAGCAAGUUCCAGGACAGCCAGGACUACACAGAGAAACCCUGUCUGGAAAAGCAAAAAACAAAACAAAAACCCCAACCAAACCAACAAAAAAAAAGAAAACCCAAACACUGUCUGUACUUCCGUAGGAUCUAGGUUCCAUAUCCCAGCACCCACGUGACGGCUCACAACUGUAACUCCAGUUCCAGGGGAUCUGAUGCCCUCUUCUGGUCUCCACAGGCACCAGACACACAUGUGGCCCACUGACAUCUAUGCAGUCAGAACAACCAUACAAUACACAGGAAAGUUAACAAUCACAGGAUCGUGGGUAUUCUUUCCGCUCCGGGAUUCUCCCUGCAUCAGAAAGGCUAAGGAAGGGCGCUCCUUUAUUCUUAGCUCUGACCAGUCUGUGAAGUUGGAAGUGUAUGAACUUGUGGGGAAAGGCUUUCUCCACAUCAGAGUCCUGCUGGGAUCUUGUCCUUGAGAGAGAAAUCUAGGAACCCUGGCUGGGACUAGAAGGGUGAGUAGACGAAUCAAAUCGACCCUCAAAUUGUGAGGCUAGUUAGAGCCAGGGCACCACGCACCUGCACCUCCGCUCCUGACCUGUACCCGCAUGGGGAGCCGAUGGGUGUCUUACAUUCCCAGGUUGGCUCCAACUCCUGAGCAUCUUCCUGCCUCAGCCUCACUGCGCCCAGCCUCUAGGAGAGUGCUCGGUAUAGCUCAGGGAUUGGAAGGCCCAGACUAGGAGGCUCCUGGCCUAAGAAAGGGAUGGGAGGAGGGAUGGGGCCUGAUGAGAGACACACCUAUCUCCAGGUGGACUCGGCUCUUGCACUUGACUUCCCGUCACCCGGACGCAGUGGCUCUCUUCAGUGGGGUGUUCCUCCUGCGGUCAGUAGUGGGACACCCAACUGUGCUGGGCGUGGUCUAAUUCUGCUUUGCGUGGACUUCAAAGGCGUCUCCCUUUCUCACUUGGUAGGGAUUGAUCUGCCUUCUGUCGGCUCCUCCUAGCCCUUGGCCACCAAACUGCGUCCUACAGGGAAAACCAGGUCCAGGAUUGCCUGGCUAAGCCAUCCCCACUGCGGAGGCAGCCUGGCUGCGGUCCCAGGGCUCCAGGGCUCGGGGCCCAGCGGGGGCGUGUCCCCGCUCUCACCUGCCAUUGGCCAGGUGGGGCUGCCCUGCCUGAGGGCUAUAAGUGCGGAGCUCGUGGCCGGGGAGCCAGGCGCAGGUCAGGAUGGUGGACAGCAUUUACCGGACCCGCUCCCUGGGGGUGGCGGCAGAAGGGAUCCCCGACCAGUAUGCAGACGGGGAGGCCGCUCGUGUGUGGCAGCUGUACAUCGGGGACACCCGCAGCCGCACCGCAGAGUACAAGGCGUGGCUGCUUGGGCUGCUGCGCCAGCAUGGUUGCCAUCGGGUGUUGGACGUGGCCUGUGGCACAGGCCCCUCCUCUCUGACCUCAUCCAGAGUGGACUCUAUUAUGCUGGUGGAAGAGGGCUUCAGCGUGACGAGUGUGGAUGCCAGUGACAAGAUGCUGAAAUACGCACUUAAGGAGCGCUGGAACCGGAGGCAGGAGCCAGCCUUUGACAAGUGGGUCAUUGAAGAAGCUAACUGGUUGACUCUGGACCAAGAUGUGCCAGCAGGAGAUGGCUUUGAUGCCGUCAUCUGCCUUGGGAACAGUUUUGCUCACUUGCCAGACUGCAAAGGUGACCAGAGUGACCACCGGCUGGCGCUGAAGAACAUUGCAAGCAUGGUGCGGCCCGGGGGCCUGCUGGUCAUCGAUCACCGUAACUACGACCACAUCCUCAGCACAGGCUAUGCACCCCAAGGGAAGAACAUCUACUAUAAGAGUGACCUGACCAAGGACAUCACAACCUCAGUGCUGGCAGUGAACAACAAGGCCCACAUGGUGACCCUGGACUACACAGUGCAGGUGCCAGGCGCUGGCAGAGACGGCUCUCCUGGCUUCAGUAAGUUCCGGCUCUCUUACUACCCACACUGUUUGGCGUCCUUCACGGAGUUGCUCCAAGCAGCCUUCGGGGGCAAGUGCCAACACAGCGUCCUGGGCGACUUCAAGCCUUACAAGCCCGGCCAAGCCUAUGUCCCCUGCUAUUUCAUCCAUGUGCUCAAGAAGACUGGCUGAGUGUGGCUUUGGAUCCUGUAAGCCUCCUGCCCAGACAGUGGCAGCCUCUGGGGUGGGACUAACUCAGGUCCCCAUCCCAAGACCAACUCUAACAUAGAUUCUGCAGCUGGGUGCAGGGAUGUGGGGUCAGGCAAACGGGGAGUCAACAAUACAGUCUGUCCUUUUUCAA